AUGGCGACCUUGUUGAAGAUUCACCCUCUGCGAGAAACACAAAACUUUUGUUCAAAACCGAUGACAGACUCAAUGGAUGACGCAGGUACGAUGAAUGGACCAUUUCGAGCCACACAGCGAUGGAACAGCAUUAUCAAACAUCUACAAGACAGCGUAGACACAAAACCCCACAAGAACAAGGCAAAGCGUUACGAAGGAUGCUUCACUGGAGCCAAUGCUGUAGAUGUCCUACUGCCAUAUUUACAGCAGAGUGGAUUUGAGCGAGACAUUUCCAGAGAAAAUGCAGUCAAAUUGUGUCAGUUACUACUGGAGCAGAGUAUAUUUGACGAUGUUUUGUCUCAGUCUCAGCAAUCCAUAAACACUAAACCAGUCUUCCAGGACAACAAUGCAAGCUACUACAGAAUUGGGAGUGAACAGAGAGCUCGUAGCAAUAGUCAUUUCGACCAUCAAUUGUCACAGAUGUCAAGAAGUCAAACAGAGAAAAGAUCGAUUGACCAUGACAUCUUGAAAAGUUCUCCAUUCGACAGAAGGAAGAAACUGAGGAGCAGUUUUGGUGUUGGCAAGUCAAAAAUGGAACAUCGAUGUGAUGAAAAUGAUGGUGCAACUGGUUUUGCCGGUUUGUUUGACCGCAAGAAAAGGAAGAGGGCAAGCUUCGGCCUUGGAAAACUCAAAACAGAUGGAUUACCUAGAAUGACUGAAGGAAACCCAUCAGAUACACCCCUUGAGAAAAAGAAGAGAAAACGAAACAGCUUUGGACUCGGAAAACUAAAACCAGAGGGGAGUUACAAUAUCAGUGGAUCUCUUGAAAACAUCCCUCGAUCCGGAGACAAGCUAAGAGCAAGUUUCAGACUCUCAAGACAAAAAUUUGAACCGAAAUGCGGAGAUCUUGAUUCUCAAGGAUCCCUGCCAGAGCGUAAAAAGAGUCGUCGGAGUAUCGGAAGUUUUCGACUUGGGAAGCGAACAGAAGUCAAAAAUAAGGACGUAGAGACGGCGAGUGUAACAUCAGAAUCCUCCCAAGUUGACACUAAAUCAACAAGUAGCAGGAGCAGCGAUGUGAAUAUUUACUGUGAUAGGGCAUCAGUUCGGUUGACUAGAUCAAAGACGAGCAGUAGAGAUGAUAUCGAUUUGAAUCAGAUCUGGAAGGAGUCUACAGUACAGAGGCUGUUGCAAUUAGUGGACUUACCCCUUCUAGAGGACAUUUUAAGCUGCACAGAAAAGUUUGAAGCUAGAAACGAUAUCGGAGAGAGUUUAGCGAAUGGAAACACAAUCAAAGAUGACACCACGGGCAGUGAUCCUUGGUUCUCGUCCGCCAUUGCUUGUCUUCACUCACACCCAGAGGGCGCUUCAAUAGCAGCCAGCUUCCUUAGUAGCACCAACAGCCAAUCACAGUCCUCGGUUCAUGCACGCAAAUUACUCCUCUUCCAGACUCUGACCAAUCACUACGCUGGGAGGAAACAUCACUUGAUCCCAGCUGAUCUCCAUGAGGUCUUGUCGGCCAUCUUGGGUUCUCUCGCUCGAGGGAAGACAACGAGAGCCAUUGAGUUGACACAGGUGAUGAUGUUGAUUGUUGGGAAGAAGGAACGAGAUGAACUGAAGAGGUUGCUGGGAUUCAUGAGUGCGGCAAGCACUAAGAAUGCUGUGAAACUGAGCUAUGAGACGGACAACCGAAUCACACUCAUUACAACUUUUACAUCGCUGAUCAUUCCAAGUCAAGUAGUGACCCCAGUCCAAGAGAAGAACUUGGUCUCCUUCAUGGUGGAUUGUAACGAUAGAAUCUUCAAGAUUCCACAACUUGUUGAGGAGGCAGCAAAGAUCAGAAUAGCACGAUUGAAGGCAGGACUCAAAGACAUCAGUUUAGAAACCUACUGCCAGAGGGUCACACCCCAGCAAUACCAAUUGCAGUGUACAACGGGUACAAAUAUAGCCCUACAUGAUCUGACCAAUUCCAUCAUCGAUGACAUCAAGACAUCCCUCAAGGAUAAAAAACAACAUCUUCAAGACAUGAGGAAACAUCAUUUCACAGUGUACGAUAAACACUUCUCUCAUAUGUUGUAGUCGCUUAGAUUGGAGUCAGUGGUGUAACCAAAGGCCCCCUGCCCAACUUGAGAUCGAUUAAAACAAAAUUACAAAAGAAGGGUUUGAUAACAAGGCAAAGUAUACCUUUGGUUUUUGGAAUUAUUCAAUUAUUUUAAUCCCAUGUAGAUCUAGAUAUGUACAAUAAAACUAACCCUUGAACAAUUCAUGUCAAUAGAGUUUUUGAGGUAUCGGGGGAAGAAUAAUCCAAAAUUAUGUUUUGCCACCACUUGCCCCUCCCCCCAAAAAAAAAUAAAAAUAAAUGUCUGGUUACGCCACUGAUUGGGAGUAUAGUUUGACUAUUGCUUGCCUUUGUAAUUAAUGACCCCAUUCACUGUAUUGGCCCACUUGCCCAUAGGCAACCUCGAUCCUCCACUAUCCUCCUUUCUAUGGUCACUCAACAUGGAAAUGUUUGCCCAAGUCAAGCAGGGCAAUUUUUACAGGCACUGGGAGGCAACCAAUUGCACUGCAUGCGAACAGAACAUGUUAGCAGCAAUAUAAGAGACAUUCUUCUUGCUGUACCUCACUUCCCCAAAUAAAAUAAUGAAAAAACUUAUUGUGAAUCAAGUUUCUCAUCAGAGAUUACCUAGAGCUGGUUGAUUAUGAAUUUGUUGCGUGUAGAACACCAGACUCGAGCUUUGGUGUUUCUGAUCAGCAGAGUGGGUUCGAGACCCGGUCUUGACACUUGUGUCCUUGACCAAGAUUUAGAGCAAUUUUCAUUUUGGUCUAUAGCCCUCAAUCCCUGCAAUCCGACAACAUCCUUAAGAAGAUUUGAGAGGGUAACAAACAAUACACCCACACAGCUUCAGUCAAACCACAUGCGAUGAUUAAUUUCCGACCCAGUUCCGGCAAUACAGGUAGUCCCAUCAUAUACGCCAUCAUUACAGGCAACUAUUACUGGGUUUUGACUUUGAGCUGCAUCAAGUGUUCUCAAUUUUCUACGCAGCAAAGUAUUUCACACAGACCAAUCAAGCAAGGACUUUGAUCAAACUUCUGCAUUUUGCACCAGGCAUCAUGUUGUUGUACAUUCAAAACAAAUUGAUAUUUGCCAGCAAAGAUAACCGACUGCAAACUGUGGGAUGUCACGUGUGAACAAUCUAUCAUUACGAUUUUUGCAACAACCACAGCGCGGUAAAUCGAUGACAAGCCUAAAUAACUGUAAUCGGCGGAAGUGCAGCCUCGUUAAACUGACGUGAAUUAUUGCUAGAAACCAUUUUGGCUUCAUCUAUCACCAAUGGACUUUGGUUGCACCUUUCCACUUGGCUAGACAUGCAUUCAACUGAUUCAUGAUCCUCAAGGGUCAUUUAAAUCUAAGUCAAAUGUCUUAAAGAUGUUGUCAAACUAGAAAACAAAAUAAAAAAUUUCACUGUACCAAGCAUUUUUAUUAAUGAAAAGUUGGUGGGCAAACCGUUUGAGUAGAAGUGACAAAAAAUGCAAAUACAAAUUUGUAACUCUUAAAGGGCCCAAUUUAAUCAAGCUAUUUGCAGAAAAGGGUGCUAAGUAGCAAGUACAGUUCCUGCUAUAUAGCAAACUCUAGUCAAAAACUUUUCUUUUUACUAGUGCAGACUUGUGUAAUAGUUAGAAACAGUAUAAAGGUAAAUGUAAAGCUAUGUAAACGUUUCUCAAACCACAGGAAACAAUUUGAUAUUAUGCGUUUAUCAAUUGAUCAAUUUGUAAAAAAUAUUCCCUAGACAAUCUUUAGUCAAAGUUCAGCUGUUUAUAUAUAGAAUAAAAAAAUUAAAAAUGUAAAUAAUAUUUUAUCAAUGCAGAUUAUUAUUGAGCAAAGUAGCAAUCAAAAGUCCCUGGUACACUAGCCUUAACUCAAGGCCUUUGAGGCUCUGGAAGGAAUGUAGCCACAAAGUGCCUGGAACCAGAGACUACAUGCCUGAGUGACAAAGCCCCGAGAGUCUUUUCCUACGUGUCAGGAUUUUUUCUUUAUGUUUUUCUUUAUGUCCACUUUUUUGCUACCCUUCUGGUGUCGAAAAUUUUGCAAACCAAGUAUGCAAUGUUGUCAGCCUUUAUUUACCUCUUCAGCAUUGUGAUUGGUUAACCUUUCAACAUUUUACAUAUUUGUAUCAAAAUUAUGAAUAAGUUACAUUUGAAUCUUUACAAGUCAUGCAACCACGAAAACACGCACAAUCAAGUUGGAAAAGGCUAUGUGGCUUCACCAGUGGCGCGUGCACAUAUGUAGUCUCCGCUACACAGGUUUGGAGCCAUGAAAGCCUUCAUAUAAGAGGACAAUGUAGUAGAUGCAUGAACUGAAUUUUGUAAAGUGUGUAAUUAAUAUCUAUUUACUAAUUUGUGAAUUCAAAUAAAUUGAAUUGUAAAUAGUAAUUAUGAUAAAAGACUUAAGUGGGAGACUGUAGACUUGUUCU